CGUAAUGGCGAGAACCAAGCAGACCGCCCGUAAGUCCACCGGUGGUAAAGCCCCGAGGAAGCAGCUGGCUACUAAGGCUGCCCGGAAGAGCGCUCCGGCCACCGGCGGCGUCAAGAAGCCUCACCGUUACAGGCCCGGUACCGUGGCUCUCCGCGAGAUCCGCCGCUACCAGAAGUCCACAGAGCUGCUGAUCCGCAAGCUGCCCUUCCAGCGCCUGGUGCGGGAGAUCGCUCAGGACUUCAAGACCGAUCUCCGCUUCCAGAGCUCUGCCGUCAUGGCCCUGCAGGAGGCCAGCGAGGCUUACUUGGUGGGUCUCUUCGAGGACACGAACCUAGUGAUGGUGGUGAAAAUGUCUGGACGAGGAAAGGGCGGGAAAGGUCUUGGUAAAGGAGGCGCUAAGCGUCACCGCAAAGUGCUCCGCGAUAACAUCCAGGGCAUCACCAAGCCGGCUAUCCGCCGUCUGGCUCGCCGUGGCGGUGUGAAGCGUAUCUCUGGUCUGAUCUACGAAGAGACUCGCGGCGUUCUCAAAGUGUUCCUGGAGAACGUGAUCAGGGACGCCGUCACCUACACCGAGCACGCCAAGAGGAAGACCGUCACCGCCAUGGACGUGGUUUACGCCCUGAAGCGUCAGGGACGAACCCUGUACGGCUUCGGAGGUUAAACGCUCGACUCGAACAACCAGAAACCCAACGGCUCUUUUAAGAGCCCCC